AAAAUAAACAAAUACCGGCAAAUUAUCACCAUCAGUGCCCGGAUUCGCCUUAUCAACACACCCCACAGAAACUGCCGUGUAAUCGUAGGUACGGCGUAAAAGCAACAGCAAAAAGCAAAAACAACAUCCCACCGUAAGUUUGCUGUCCAGCUUUGCCUUUGCGCCCCAUCGCCAUCAUCCCUAUCGGAACCGUGCUGCUGUGGUGUGCGGCAAACCCGAUGGGAGGUACCGCCGUAGCGAUAUACUAACUACUCUGCCCGCUCUGCUUUUUCCUCCGCCGUGGCCGCGUAUGGCGCUGCUCAGCUUUCUGCCCCACCGGCUGUCCCAGCGACUGACUGCCCUGUACUUUACCGUGUCCAGCUUUAGCCUUCAGCGCCGGCCCCGCACAACGCAGACGACCGCGAUGGCGAGCAUGACGGUGACGAAGAUACCCGCGCUGAAGGACAACUUCAUGUACCUGGUGGUGUGCAAUGCGACGCGCCAGGCCGCCGUCGUCGAUCCGGUCGAGCCGGCCCGGGUGCUGGAGGUUGCCCGGGAGCAGGGCUGCAAGCUGAACCAGCUGCUCACGACGCACCACCACUGGGACCACGCCGGGGGCAACGAGGCGCUGUGCGAGCAGUACCGCCAGCACGCCGACUGGGGCCAGCUGACCGUGUACGGGGGCGACGACGAGCGGAUCCCCGGCCUGACCAACCGGGUCGGGCAGGACGACACGUUCGCGAUCGGGCAGCUGCGCGUCCGGUGUUUGGCCACGCCGUGCCACACGACGUCGCACGUCUGCUACUACGUCGAGGGCGGCGACCGGGGCGAGCGGGCCGUCUUCACCGGCGACACGCUGUUUCUGGCCGGCUGCGGCCGCUUCUUCGAGGGCACGCCGGACCAGAUGUACGACGCGCUGAUCGGCAAGCUGUCCGCCCUGCCGGACGAUACGCGCGUGUACUGCGGGCACGAGUACGCGCUGCAGAACCUGCGCUUCGGCCACCAGGUCGAGCCGGACAAUGCGGAUACGCGCGCGCUGCUCGAGCGGGCCCAGGCCGCCGACCUGGAGGGCCGCCGGGCCCUCGUUCCCUCCACCAUCGGGCAGGAGAAGCGCAUCAACGUGUUUAUGCGCGUGCACCAGCCGGCGGUGCAGGCGUACGUCGGCAAAGGCACGCCGCUCGAGACGAUGCAGGCACUGCGGGCGGCCAAGGACAAGUUUUAGGCGCUGCAGUUUUUGAUUUUUUGGUUUUUUUGUUUCGGCUAACGGUUGAAUAAAACCAAUCGAAACUCCAACAAAAAUA